GUUCUCUUAAGAAUCUUAGACCAAUACAGGCAAAAAGACUAUGUUGCACCACGUGUUCUUCAGCAAACGUUAAACUAUUUGAAUCAAGGGGUUAUUCACUCUCUAACAUGGAAGCAAAUGAAGCCACACAUACAGAGUAUAACAGAAGAAGUGAUAUUCUCUCUAAUGUGCUACAAAGAUGAGGAUGAAGAGCUCUGGCAGGAGGAUCCAUAUGAAUAUAUCCGGAUGAAAUUUGAUGUGUUUGAGGAUUAUGCUUCCACUACAACAGCAGCACAGAAUCUCCUUUAUACUGCUGCGAAGAAGAGAAAAGAGGUAUUACCAAAAAUGAUGGCAUAUUGCUACCAGAUUCUGACAGAGCCAAACAUUGAUCCAAGGAAAAAAGAUGGAGCUCUGCAUGUUAUAGGAUCCCUAGCAGAUAUUUUACUGAAGAAGAGUGUCUUCAAGGAUCAGAUGGAGCUGAUGUUACAGAAUCAUGUAUUUCCGUUGUUCAUGUCUAACCUGGGGUACCUCAGAGCUAGGUCCUGUUGGGUACUUCAUUCAUUCAGUGCUUUGAAAUUUCACAAUGAGCUGAACCUGAGGAAUGCAGUAGAGUUGGCAAAGAAGAGUCUGAUUGAUGAUAAGGAAAUGCCUGUCAAAGUAGAAGCAGCCAUAGCUCUUCAGACGUUAAUAAGCAACCAAGAGCAAGCCAAGGAGUACGUGAAGCCUUAUGUUAGGCCAGUUAUGCAAGAGCUCUUGCACAUUGUUAGAGAGACUGAAAAUGAUGAUCUUACCAAUGUAAUCCAGAAGAUGAUCUGUGAGUACAGUCAGGAAGUAGCUACCAUCGCCGUCGACAUGACUCAACACCUGGCUGAAAUAUUUGGUAAAGUACUUCAGAGUGAGGAGUAUGAGGAAGUAGAGGACAAAACAGUUAUGGCCAUGGGCAUCUUGCACACAAUCGACACUAUCCUGACAGUUGUGGAAGAUCACAAGGAGAUAACUCAGCAGCUCGAGAGCAUUUGUUUACAGAUCAUUGGCCUCGUUUUGCAGAAACAUGUUAUAGAGUUUUACGAAGAAAUUCUCUCCUUGGCCUACAGCUUGACAUGCCAGAUGAUAUCACCUCAAAUGUGGCAGCUUUUAGGUGUUCUAUAUGAGGUUUUCCAGCAAGAUUGCUUCGAGUACUUUGCAGAUAUGAUGCCUCUCCUGCAUAAUUAUGUGACUGUUGACACCAAUACCUUACUGUCUAACCCAAAGCAUUUAGAAAUCAUUUAUGCUAUGUGUAAAAAGGUAUUGACAGGAGAUGCAGGAGAAGAUGCAGAGUGUCAUGCAGCCAAACUCCUAGAAGUAAUUGUUCUUCAGUGCAAAGGACGGGGCAUUGACCAGUGUAUUCCACUCUUUGUGGAGGCUGUUCUGGAGCGGCUAACGAGAGGAGUUAAAACAAGCGAGCUUCGUACCAUGUGUCUUCAGGUUGCCAUAGCUGCACUCUAUUACAAUCCUGACCUACUUCUGCACACCUUAGAGAACAUCAGGUUUCCCCACAAUCCUGAGCCCAUCACUGCACAGUUCAUAAACCAGUGGAUGAAUGACACAGACUGUUUUCUUGGACUCCAUGACAGAAAGAUGUGUAUAAUAGGACUGAGCAUCCUAAUGGAAUUGCAGAACCGACCACCUGCUGUGGAUGCUGUGGCUGCCCAGAUUGUCCCUUCAAUCCUCCUCCUCUUCCUGGGCUUAAAACAAGUGUGCGCCUUACGAGAACUCACGGAACAUGAGGAUCAUGCUAAAGAUGAAAAACACGUUACAGAAGAUAAUGAAGAGAUACCGAGUGAUGAGGAGGAGACGAAUGAAGUGAGCCCGGCGAUGCAAGAGAACCAUGGUGGAGGAGGAGGGGGUGGUGGUGGAGGUGGAGAGGAGGAGGAUGAAGACGAUGAUGAUGAUGACUGGGAUGAAGAUGCAUUGGAAGAGACUGCUCUUGAAGGGUUCAGCACACCUCUUGACCUUGAAAAUGGUGUUGACGAAUACCAGUUUUUCACACAAGCACUUUUAGCGGUGCAGAGCCGAGAUGCAGCCUGGUACCAUUCGCUGACAGCACCCCUGAGUGAGGAUCAGAAGAAACAGCUGCAGGAAAUCUAUACAUUAGCGGAACACCGGCGAAAUGCUGCAGAGACUAAGACAAUAGAACAGCAAAGUGGCUACACGUUCGACAACAAAGGACUGCUCACCGCAUUUAACUUUGCUGGAAGUACUCCUGGUGGCAACUGAAGGAUCAGCUACAAAGGUCAAUGGGAAGUUUCUCAUCGUCACAUUUUCCUGAAAUCAUCGUGACUUCUGAGUGAUAGGGGAGGGUAAUUUAAUGCUGCUGAAGGUUUUCUGGAAAAUAGCAGUGUGCUUCCCCCACCAGAAUGCUCUUUCUAACCAGCUACUGUAAUGUACAAGUUCUUGUGGUGUUUUUAUAAUUUGAUGGACUGAAAGGAAACAUUUGUCCUCCAGGAAUCUGAAUGACUGGGAGGGGCCAGGCUGCAUCUAAUUGAGUUGCACUUCUCAGGUUUUUGCUGUGCAGAACUGAUAGAUUCGUAUGGAUAACAGUGCCUUCUGUUGUACAUGGAUUGCCUGAACAAAUGGAUUUUGGAGUGCAUUAUAAUUUUUUAAGUGUAAGGACAUUUCUUGAUACACUGUAAGCCUUGGUUCCUUGUUUUCCAGUCACCUGCUUUUUAAUUGUUCGUUGGUUGCGUAUGCGUUGCUGGAUUGUCUCACCUUCCCUCUUUGGUGCAGACCGACUGCGCGCAGGGAAGCGUCUGUUGGAGCUGCAGAGCAUACACUGGUUACGUCAGAGGGUCUCAACAGAAUCACUGAUUUUCCCU